UAGUUUUGUUAUUAAUUUUGUGUGUUGAAGUAAUACAAAAUUUCUCGUUUCUGCUUAAUAAAAGACUAUUGUGACUUCCGGUGAAGCUCUCAAAGUGUUAGCAUAUCGUUUCGCACUAGUGCGAUAAAAUUUUGUGUAUUUCGUUUCGCGGAAGAAAAAUUUUUUCUCGUCCUAGAGUGAAUCCGUGUGGCGACGCCGCGAAACAUCAUCGGGAGUCAAUGUAAAAGAAUUUACAAUCGAAAAAUAUAAAAUAAUCGAAAAUAAUAAUACAACCAAACAUAACCUACAAGAAAAUAAAUGAACAACACAUGUGCAAAAAAAACACAAUCGAAUUAAAACACAAAAUUAAAUUAUAAUCUAACAAUACAAAGGCAAGAUGGGCCAUCACUGGCCUUAGCCUAUCACGUUAGUGACAAAGCAAAUAAAAAAAAAAAAAAGACUAUUGCAGAUUUGAUUUUUAUACAGUAAAACUAAUUGUCAGAUCGUAGCAUGUUAUCUGAGGCAUUUUAGUAUAUAUUGUGCAACUGUAACCAUGGAUGGUCUUGCUUCCAGUAGUUCGAUCUCGGAUUCGGAUCGUCAACGUAUAGAGGCUAACCGUCAACGUGCGCUCAAUCUUCGUCAGGCACGAUUGACCGCUCAUCCGUAUGGAAACGGUAAACAACGUCCACAGGAAACGGCCAUUGCAGUAAAUAACGUGAUAAAGGUUUCCGGUACCAAGUUUAUCGAUAGCGGUGGUGGAUUUCUGAUCGAACAACGGACUUGCGUCGAUCCGGUGGAGGAUGUUCCCGUUGAUGAGAAAGAAAUCGAGAAGGAUUCCAUUCCAGUGCCGAUUGAGUUUGACGAAUGUCUGGAUUGUGGAGACCGGUUCGCGGAUUCGUAUUUACUAAACACAUUCGAUUACAAAAUUUGCGAUGCGUGUCGGGAUUCGGAUGGGAAGCAUUCUUUGAUUACCCGAACAGAAGCCAAGCAGGAAUAUUUGCUUAAGGAUUGCGAUUUGGAUAAACGGGAGCCAAUUUUGAAGUACAUCAGCCGAAAGAAUCCGCACAAUGUGCGCUGGGGAGAAAUGAAACUGUACUUGCACCUUCAAAUUGAACAGCGUGCUUUAGAAGUAUGGGGAACCGAGGAGAACUUGAUCAAAGAAAAGGAACUGCGUGAAGAAAAACGCGAGGUUACCAAGGUUAAAAAGUACAACAAGCGUUUGAAGGAACUGAGGAUGGAUGUCCGCAGUAGUCUGUACGAUAAGACUAUUCAGGGUCACGUUCACAGCUGGGGAGACAGCGAGGUUUAUAACGAGGAAGAAGACACCUACACGAGAACUUGUGAAAGCUGUAAUCACAGCGAGACGUAUGAGAAAAUGUAACUUUGGGUGUUUGGAUCUAGUGGUUGCUUUUAUUUGAUAUAUUUUUGUUAUUUAUCUGUGAACAUCAGUAGCUUGUAAGAUUAUCAUUAAAACAGAUAACUGUAGUAAAUUUUCUUAUACAAACAAAUCA